AUGUCUUCGAUUCAGGAGCGGCUUCAAAUGAAGCGUGUCCCGUUGGAUAAAUGGUCAACAAAGGAAAAGCUUUGCCUAGCCUCAUCCGUAGCUUGCAGCGGUGACCAGAACUGGAUGUCGGUGAGCCGGUCCCUGAAGAUGCUUUGCGGUAACGAUAGGCCGAGCGAUUGGUUCGCACAAAAGUCGUGUGCGGCCCAGUACGGCAAGCUGUUGGAGAAUGUGGAGACGCCCAAACGGAAGAAACGUACUGCUUCGGAGAGGGACGGUGUAGCAGCGGUUGAGACUCCCAGUGAAUCCAUUCUUCGCAAAUUAACACAAGAGCGUAUUAUUGAGCUGAAAAAAAUUAUCCAAGAAGAGAGCCAACAAUACACCAAGGUCAAGGAGGACAUCAUACUGAUACAGAGUGGCGUGACGGACGAAAGCAAACUACGCGAAAUGUGGAAACAAAUCGAACAGGAACGGGCCACUAAGGAGAAGGAACAAAUACAGCACGCCCAAUGGCUGAAGGAACGCGAAGAGAAGAAGCUGGAACUCGAGCGUCAGUGGCGGCCCAUGUAUCCGAACUCCCCUACGGCUUCCAACAAGGCACCUACGCCACCUAUAAAAAUCAAAGAGGAAACCGAUGAAGACAGUCAAGGUUCGUGCAAGUCAGGAAUGUCCCCUUUGUUAACAUCCCUCCUCAAAAACGCUUCUGGCACUGCAGGGACGGGUUCCACUGGGUCUACCAGUCAACAAUCGACCGGAAGGACGGCAUCGCCGACCAUCACCAACCUUUUGACGGGAAGUUCUACAAUCUCCGCCAAGCUUAGCCUCGCGUCUGUCGGCGAAGCUGGACAAAACGGGCAGUCUAAACAGCUGAGCGGUCCUUCCAAACAAGAUAGUUCGAGCUCAACUUCGGCUACCAAACCGACGACGGUAAAAGAAGAGCAAUGCCUAGGAUUGGAGGUUCCGACAGCAAGUGGCGACGGAUUAGAAACAGUGAAACCGACGGUCGAAACCGACUCCAUCAAGGCGGAAGUUUUAGACGUGGAAAUGGACAGCGAAGACAACGCUGACCCGGCGAAAGACUUAUUGGACGUUUUCGAGGAUCUCAUUCCGGACGACUUGGAUGAAAUCUUGAAGGAAAACAGUGGCAUGAUACUGGAAGAUGUGGACCUGAAAAACGUCGUCGACUCAAUCAUGGAAGCGGACGACGAAGCGCUCAAAGACAAGGAACUCGAUGUGAUCGAGGACGACGGAGAUGUGCAGAUGGCUGAUGUAGAGGAGAAGCUUAUUGGGACGGCUCCAAAAAACGAGCAAAGUACGGUGGAAAGUGCAGGAACUCCACCACCACAACCUCUGCCUGCUAAACCGUCGCCAAAUGACGAUCCUCCUGCCAACAAUGACGACGAGGUCAACGGAAGGCCAAUGCACGCUGCCAGCAAAUCUGUUGAGGUGCAACAGUUAGCGAGCGAGCCGUUAAAUCAGGACGAAAGCGACCCACCAUCUGCGAAGGUUGAAAUCAUACCUAUAGAAGACAGUACUAGCAACUCACCGGCGACCAUUCCUUCAAGCGACGAUAACAAGGACUCAAUGGAAGAAGCAAGUGGCGCGGACAAUGCCGAGAGUGUCAUAAUUGUUUCGGAUUCAGCAAAAGAGGAGGAAGAAGAUGAUGAUCCGGAGGAGCUACCAAACUGCAGUUCGAACGAAGUGAGGACGAACGCGGAGGAUGAUGAUUCGGAUGAUAAGCCACUUGCUUCGUUGGAUCACACGACAGUCGACAGUUCGGCUCAGGCCCAGGAUAAGUUAAAGGAUGAUGAUAAAAGCGAACUAAAUUUAACGAGUUCCAUAGCUCAAGACGGUGUAGAAACAGAGGACAUCAGUGCACCGUCGAAGGAUGUAAAUGUUGAACAACUCCCCAUCGAUUCUCUUUCACUGCCAGCGGAUGAAGCAAAAGCGAAGAAAGAAGCAAUGGAAAAGCUCGCUUCUGAGUAUGACUUCAAGGACGACGAGGAACCGAUUGUUCCGAUGUCAAUACAGAAAGCCAAGGAAGAGAAGCACGUCUCAGAGGAUGAAGUAUUUGAAGACGCACAGGAAACAUGCGUCGAACCGGAAGACACAAAAGAGCAGGAACCACCAGUGAAGAAGAGUGUCCCAGAGGAUCAAGUAUUAACUGUGACGGAUACCGAUGACGAUUCUUUGAUAGAGAUGAAAAUCGGUAAAGCGAAACGUGACUACUCACGUCGCCGACAGACGGAUGAAGCGCAAAAGUUGAAGGACGAUCUGCCGGGCUACACACGACACGAUGAAACAGCCGAAGGCCGUUCGUUGCGGAAGCUCCGGGACCGUGAUCGUUCCGAAAGCCCGUACGUCAUUCAGGAUGACGAGGCGAACGAGAAAAUGAAACGCAGCUAUUCGUCGACACCCGUCAUGGAUUCGAUUCCAGGUUCGCCGGCUUCAAGCGAAGACCGUGAUCACCGGGCGUGGAAAAAAUCGAUUCUUGCCGUACAUUCUCGGAUUAGUGUGUUGAAGAAUGCAGUCGCAUUUCAGAAACCACUGCCGGAGGAUCAAAUCACGCAACUUAUCUACCGACCCAUGGAUUUGGCUCAGAUUAGGCGCAACAUAGAAAAUGGUAACAUACGAACCACGGUUGAAUUUCAACGCGACAUCAUGCUCAUGUGCACCAACGCAAUCAUGCUGAACCGUGCUGAACUCUGCCCGCCGCACACUGCCCGUAUGCUGAUGCGCGAAAGUGUGGCGCUCAUCGAAACCGGCAUGGACCCCAAAGCGAUAAGGGAGCGCGAAAGCGACCGAGGUACACACAAGCGCAGCUCCCGGAAGAGUACGACGAGAAAUUCUUCGGCCGGUAGAAAUCAGAUAUAAAAUCCGCUAAAGAGGUGGUUA